AUGGAUUCAGAUACUCAGACCCACCUGGUAUCAAUCCUGGUUGACGAAUUCAAUUGCCCCGUUGUCCAGGACCUGAAGAACGCUUCGGGGUACAUGUCUCGCAUACAUGAGAGAUGGUGUGAGGUACAACCUGAGUACCGAGCAUUUCUCUCUCAGAAGUUGCGAGACUACGUUGCCUACCUACAGCGGAAAGGUUAUGUCAAACGUCCUCCCGCACCAGUUCGGCCGGCUGCCGUAAGGGAACCGGUUGUACCAACCAGGGAGGUUGCACUCAUAACACCAGGAGCAUUUGAUGACCGCCAUUGUUUGCACAAAGCAAGACGACCAAAGCCACAAGACCUGGCUCGAAUGGACCAGAAACUUGUAGAGACCCUUUCAGGACAACCCGACAUCUGGCGCAUAAAUUGCGCCGUGUAUGAUGCCGCUCGUGUACUUGCCCAAAGGUCCCAGCCCAUAACAUCGGGUGCGGACAAAAGGGCUGAGCGUCGAACACAAAAGUUGGAAGCCAAAAUCCGGGAGGCGAGACAAUACGCAUCCCGUAUCCAGUGUGUGUUGGAAUACAAAAAGGCUGGGCGACCGUUCACGCCCAAGGUCCGACGCAUAGCGGCGGACUUACGCCGCUUUCAUCACACCCUGAACGGUGCAAUGUUGCAAACCAUCAAGCAGCAUUGUAAUGAAAGGAUACGAGCACUAGUGACCACCAAAAAGUCAUUAGUCAGGAGAGCGAAAGGGCAGAAACAAAACAAGGAUUUUGCAGAGAGCCCCUCUCGCCUAUUCCAGCCGCCACAGCGUGUUGUAGAAAAUACGCCUACCCCGGAGGCUGUCCAUCUGUUCUGGAAGGGAAUCUACGAGCAAGUACGGCCAUUUAAUGCCGAUACCGCGGCCUUGGCACAGUUUGAGACUUGUCUUAAUGAAAAGUUCCAGAAUCCAAACAACCUGUGCCCACCGAUAACCCUUGAGGAGGUUCAAGGAGCCUUAACGGGUGCAAGGAACUUCUCUGCUCCUGGACCGGAUGGGAUUAACACCUACUGGUGGAAGAAGUUUCCAUCAACCCAUCCACAUUUGGUCCGCAUCUUUAAUGCUUGGAUGCAUGGGGAGCAGGGGAUCCCCCAAUGGUUUGUCGAGUGCCGGACCGUGUUGCUUCCUACGAACGGUGAUUUGUCCGAUCCAAAGAACUACAGGCCAAUCACAUGUUUAAACGCAUGCUAUAAAAUCUUUACAAGGGUCUUAUACAUGCGGAUACUUAAAGCAGUGGAUCCUGUUUUUCGUGAGGUAUGCGAACAGCGAGGGUCAAAGAGGGGUGUGGCUGGCUGCAGGGAGAACUUGCUGAUAGAUCGUACUAUCACGCAGGACUCCAGGCAGUACAAGCGGAACCUCUCGAUGGCCUGGAUUGACUACCGCAAGGCGUUUGACACAACGUCUCACCAUCUCGUUGUGCACCUUCUCAAGAGCCUUGCGGUGCCUGAUCCUAUAGUGGAAUGCCUAGAACGAAUGAUCCUACUUUGGCGAACCAGAUUCACCAUAACAUCAGGUGCCACAAAAGUUCGCACAGAGUGGGUGACGUUCCGGAGAGGGGUGUUUCAAGGAGAUUCCUUGAGCCCCCUCUUGUUUUGCAUUUCGCUACUUCCGCUUUCAAUUGCCUUACGAAAAACAAAGGGAUAUACUUGCGGCCCACCUUCGCACCGGAGGCAUAAGGUCACCCAUCUUUUCAAUAUGGAUGACCUUAAACUUUACGCCUCCGGAGAAAGAGAACUACAACAAUCUCUUAGGGUGGUGCAGGAGUAUACUCAUGCGAUUGGAAUGGAGUUCGGAACGGACAAAUGCGUACUGGUUCAUAUCAAGAGAGGACGAUGCGGAGAAUACGGAGAGGAUGAGCAACUUGCUGAUGGAAGCAUUCUUAAACAUCUGAAUGCCGGAGAGACCUAUACCUACCUCGGCAUUGAACAGCGAGUCAUCACCCAAAAUAAUCCGUUCCACGGUUAUAUCUCCCACAUAAUCGGGGAGGCCGUGGACUCUUGA